AUGGAUACCAGAGUAAUUACAAUUUCGCCGGAAUUGAGCUCAAUUCCACAAAUCAAGGAGCGUCUGUGGAACAUUCUCUCGCUAGUAGAAAAUGGAUUUAAAAAGGGAGAAUCUAUAUGUCUUGUUCUCAAGAAACAAAAGGAAUCUUUGAAACGGAAAAGCGAGUCAUCUCAAAGAGUUCCAAUUAUGACUACCAGCAUAACAGAAAUACAUUUCCCCUCUUUGGAUCCAGAUAUCAAUUUAAAAUUCGCCUGCUAUCUCAAGGUUCUAAGAUUACUGUUUGACCAGAUAUCUUCUAUGCCAAACUUUUUUGUCUCCAAGCGACAAAUCUAUUAUCGCGAUGUGACUCUGUUCAAAAAGCAGGCUGUGAUUAACCAAUGCAUUGAUGAUAUCGCCAGCUCCUUCGGAGUCUCUACGGAGACCUUGGGAGUAGUGGCAGCACAGAAGGGUUUAAUCUAUGCAAAUCUGCAAUAUUACUAUAAAGACAAAUUUGUCAAACUUGAGAAAAAAGAGGGCACCACGCUCUUGCCGCUCAUAUCUCUGGAGUCUCAUCACGAAGACUUCCGCUUUGUUUCCCCUUGUCCAGAAGAGAUUAUCAUUGUGGAAAAGGAGUCGGUCUUUUCAAAAUUAUGCAAGGAGCACGAUCACGGAAAUAAGAUACUCAUCACUGCCAAAGGCUUUCCCGACAGACUGACAAAAAGGUUUUUGUACCAUUUAACACAGCACUAUCCAGAGGCAAAGGUCGUGGCAUUGGUCGACAGCGAUGUCUACGGAUUAAUGAUAUUGAAGGAGUACAAAUACACUCCUGCGAUCAAGAUCACCGAGUUCCCGAAAUUGCCAACCACAGUCAAGGACGAGUCUGCUAGAAAGACCACCUCGAGGCUAGACGAACUAGGUCAAAUGCAUCCGUGCUGGUACGUCUCUCCGUGUUCGAGAUUAGAGUAUGGUGGAACGUUUCUUUUUGACAACGCUAAUCGUCUCGGGCAUUUAGAUAUCACCUACAGGGAUUUCAACAAUAUGAAAUCAUUUUUGCGGACGCUUCUCGAGCUCGAAGAUGUAUCGUCCGAUAACGAAAUGAAAAAAGUGGUGAGAGAGCUUCAAAUUGGGAUGUAUUUUCUCAAGAAAAGGGAAAUGGAUUAG